CUUUCCAAGAACGACAUCAUAACCCUCCAACAGAACACCAACCCUUUCAUCAAAAAGGAGGUCAUCCGGCGGUUCAAAUGCAAGCAUACUUUCAUCAGGUACAAUAAUUGCGGCUGAUGGAAUGUUGUGUUUUCCAGAUUUGUGUUCAUGAACACAAAUGCAAACCUAGUGAAGGCUUAAAUCUGAAUGAAAUAAAGGACCCUGAAUAAUGGAGACGUCAAGCAACUAUCAACAGGCUUCAACCUUUGUUACGGUCAUUGCAACGCUCUCGAUAACUUUGGACAACAACAUCCAGUCGGUGUGGAGGAAUACAGUAGACAUAGGAAGGAUGCUUGUGUGUAUUAUCCAGCAGCCUUGAUCAUCUCACAUCAUCUCCGUCGCAACUCGACCACUGCCACGGAGUUACCUGUUCCAACUGAACACGACAGUUUAACACCCAAGAUUCCAAUCUUGAUCCUUCAACAGAAAUACGGAAUAGAGGCCUUCAUGAAACAGGAUUUUGAGUAUGACAUAUUCUUUGGAGCUACACCCUUAGAACAGGUACCGUGCAACCGGUCCCUUAAUGUAUACUUGUAUUGUUCUUGCAACAUCUACUUCUCUCCACGAACGUUGCCUUUGAAGUUCUCGCAUCCGGUUGAGCAUUACGUGUUGUUUGUAAAAGCUGCAUUCACUUAUCCAGGACUGCUGUCUAAAGUAAGACUGAAACAUGUCGGAUGGUCGACUGAAUUAGUUCUCACAUCAUCACAGAGAUCAGUGCUUGCGAGAAAGGGCGCCCUUGUGGAGCCAAGAAUAUGUGUUGGCGGCGACGAAACAACCGCGAAAGUCAUCACUUGAGCCCUUGAGCGCUCAUGUGCCUUU